GUGAAUUGAAAGUACGCCAUAAAUAUGGCGCCAAAAGAGUUUUCAAGCUGAUGAUAAGAGCUGAUUUUUUUCUGUGUUGUCUCUUUUUUCCUCUCUGGGGGUGGGGGGAGAGGUUGCAAGACAAGACCCGCCUGUGCAUUUGUGCAGAGCGGUGUGUGCACGUACACCGGGCAGAGGAGUGGAAGCGAGGCAAGGCAGCAAGUGAAGACGAGGAGAACUCAAUGUUUUAUUUUUGAAGGAGGGACGUUGCGAAACUGGCUUGCAAUCUUUUCUGACUCAUCGUUUGGAAAUAAAGCAUCCUUUUCUUUUUCCUUUUUUUUUUUUUUUACCCCUCCUCCUCCUCUUCUUGCUUCUCUCCCGUCCCCUCCUCCCCGAUCUAACUGGCACCGGAGAGGAAAACAUCGUCGGGAUUUUGACACCACGUUUGGGCUGCUUUUGCAAAAUGCGACAUGCUUUCCUGUGAGCGGUGUGUUGUGCGCACCUCGCAGCCUGCUACACCGUGAGCAGCAGCAGCAGCAGCAGCAGGACCCAGCGGCGACACCACAGUGUUUGUUGUUGUUGACUUGUAAAAAGGCUGCAACUCAAGUCUGGCUGCCACUUUUGGAUUUUAUUUCGGAUUUGGACUCUCGGCGGCCGGUCUUUGCAGAGCUGACGCGCUGUCAACACGCACCGCGAGGGGAAGGGAAGGGAGGGGAAGGGACAAGUCCUGUCACCCAACGUGGAUCCACAGUCGGGGCUGUUUAGCAGCACUGCUAGCAGCCUGCCAGGGGCACUGAGUGGGCAAACUGCUAAACCCUCCACUGUACAACUACAUGUGCCUGGCUCCCAAUGAUCUCCUAAUCUCUGGAUAUCGCCCACCGUCCAGGACUGUGGACGUCUCUGCACCCGAAGCUGACUGCGAUCAAGAUGGAGAGCGAAAAGAAGAGGAGAAAAUACUCCACGAGCAGCAAUGACUCCGACACCACCGACAGUCAGGUGACGUCGUGGUCCAGGUCAUCCAAGAAUACGGGCACCAGCAGCACAUGGGUCCGCCACCAGCACAAGAAACCAUCAGAGGUAUUUCGUACAGAUUUCAUCACGGCCAUGAAGCUGCCGGACUCGGCCCAGCUCGGCCCGGACGACUUCUACGUGCUCUCAGACCCUUGGAGACAAGAGUGGGAGAAGGGAGUGCAGGUGCCUGCCAACCUGGAGGCCAUACCAGAACCUGUGGUCAGGUUGCUGCCGACUGAGUCAACAGGCAGUCUUUCCAACAACAGGCCGGAGAUGGAGAGCAGCACCCAGCCUCCUCCGUCCCAACGCUACAGCUGCUAUGACCUGGAUGACCUGGACGUUGCAUGGCUGGAGCUGGUCAACCACGAGUUCAGACAGAUGGCGUUACCAGAGCUAGACGAGCUGACGAUGGAGUGCGUCCUGGUCGAGCUAGAGAGCGUGUGUGAUGAGAAGAUGCGGCAGGCCAUCGAGACAGAGGAAGGCCUGGGCAUUGAGUACGAUGAGGACGUGGUCUGUGACGUCUGCCGCUCGCCAGAGGGAGAGGACGGCAAUGAGAUGGUCUUCUGUGACAAGUGCAACGUCUGCGUUCAUCAGGCGUGUUACGGCAUCCUGAAGGUCCCCCAAGGGAACUGGCUGUGUCGGACCUGCGCUCUGGGAGUCCAGCCUAAAUGUUUGCUCUGCCCCAAGAGAGGGGGGGCCCUCAAGCCCACCCGCAGUGGAACCAAGUGGGUCCACGUCAGCUGUGCCUUAUGGAUCCCUGAGGUGAGUAUAGGCUGUCCAGAGAAGAUGGAGCCCAUUACCAAGGUGUCCCACAUCCCUGCCAGCCGCUGGGCUCUGUCCUGCAGCCUGUGUCGAGAACACACAGGAACCUGCAUACAGUGCUCCAUGCCCUCCUGUAUCGUGGCCUUCCAUGUGACGUGCGCCUUCGACCACGGCCUGGAGAUGAGGACCAUCCUGGCAGAGAACGACGAAGUGCGCUUCAAGUCCUUCUGCCUGGAGCACAGCUGCACCGCAAGCAACAGCAGUGCAACCAACAACAACUUCUCCAGUUUGACCAGUGUGAGCAACGGCAACCACACAACCACUUCCACCACCAACGGAGCACACAGCGCAGCCAGACCCGACUGGGCCACCACCGGCGCCAGUUCUGAGCUCCGGCCAGACCAACAGCACCAGCCAAACAACAGCGGCGACCCGGAGCAGAGGUCGGUAUUGUACCCGAUUUCGGUGUCGACAUCAGAGAGAGCUGAGCGGGACCAGCUGGAGAGGGAGAAGGUGAGCCAGAGGAAACAGAAGCUGCAGGAGCUGGAGGAUGAGUUUUACCAACUGGUGGACCCCAUGGAGGUGGCUGAAAACUUGGCGCUGCCCGUCUCCCAGGUGGACUUCUUAUAUCAGUUCUGGAAGAUGAAGAGGAAGGCCAACUUUAAUCGACCUCUGGUGACCUUAAAGAGGGACGAGGUGGACAACCUGGCCCAGCAGGAGCAAGACGUCCUCUACAGACGCCUCAAACUCUUUACACACCUGCGACAAGACCUGGAGAGGGUGCGUAACCUGUGCUACAUGGUGACACGGAGGGAGAAAAUGAAACACACCCUUUGCGACCUCCAGGAGAAGAUUUUCCACCUGCAGAUACAACUACUGGAAGAGGACAUUGCUGGAGAGAAAACCCAGAAGGGAGAAAAGAGGAAGCAGAAUGGAGUGAAGGAGAAAGGGAAGGAGAGGAGGAAGAGUAGUCCUGAGAAGAAAAAGGAGAGAUUGAAGCCAGAGAACGGCUCCCUGCUAAAAGAGCUAGGUUUGUCAAAGUCCUUCCCGUUGGACAACUCUUUGUUCGACAGCUGGCUCGCCCAGUCGGUUCAGAUCACCGCUGAUGACAUGCUGAGCCAGUGGGCUCUGGGUGCCCAGCAUCGGGACAAGAGCGGCAGUCUGCUGUCUGACCAGCUCCUGCAAGGCGAGGAAAGUCUGCUAAACCUUAUGAUGGAAAACUCCAUGCAGUCCACCUGGAAAACACCACAGCUGGGCCGCAAACCGCGAGGGGGCAACAAGCCCCGAGCUCGUGGACACCCGCAACCCACCACCCCCACCCUUCCCCAGACACUCCUGUCUGCUGCAGCCGACUCCGCCGCCAGCAGCCCCUCCACCGCAAAGAGCCUCUGGGCAAGCGUGGCAGAGGAAAAGCCCAGCCAUGGGGGCCGGAAAGGGGAAAGGUCCAGGGGCUCCUCCAAGGCCUUGCACCACCACCACCUUCAUCACCACCAGACAAGGAGCUCUGACCUGCACAGGGACCCACCACCGCAGCCACCCAUCUCCAAAAUGGAUUCCUGUCACAUCUCGGAGGACCGCGGCCCUUGGGACAGCGUCUACGCAGGGAAUGGCGUUGCAUCUGGUUUCACUGCAAGCUCAUCUCCACGUCCAGCCUCCAGCCCCGGGGCCACGUUGCCCGACACAGGGGCGAUCACUCGAGGCGGGGGUGCACGACUCCGUCUGUCCCGCCAGGGUAAAUCCAGAGGUAGGGGCGUUAGUGGAGGUGGAGGCAUAGCAGGGCUGGAGUCUGUGAGCCUGCCGCUCACAGCAAAGGACACGUCCCUGCUGGAUGCUGCCGAGACUGACGGGUACUUCUCUGAUGGCGAGCAGAGUGAUUCGGACACGCGCUCUGGAGGACGCAAACUCCGCUUGCCGCAGUUGCAUUCUGGGAACGAGGACCUGCUGAGAAGGAGCGUGCUGGCAUCCUAAAGAACUGAGACUCAAACCAACACACACACACACACACACACACACACACACACUCACACACACACAGUUAACCAAGCAAAGUUCUGCUGGCUUAUUCUUUCUCCAUCUGUGCCCAAUAUACAGUCCACAAAACAUGGCUGGACGGCUUUGUUCAACCAAAUCCCUGUCACAUAUACCAGUGGAAAAUCUCUUCAGCUCUCACCUGCUUUGUUUUGGGGGGGAAUUUGAAUGUAGCUGUUUGCCUGUCGUACAGUAAAGCUUCUCCACCGGACUGUAGUUUGUCGUUAGCUUACGACAAGAUGCGAUACAUUCAACAAAUAGGAAACAAACAUUACCUUUAGUCCUUUUUUUUGUUUUGUAUUUCAGAUUCAUUUUGUUUCUGGGCGUUGAAGUACCCAUUUCUGGCCUCAUGUCUGUGGUAUCUGCCAGACUUGGGAACAAACACUUUGGGGCAUUAUUAUUAUUAUUCAAGCUGGUUUCAGGGUCUGCUUUGCUCCUGGUCUUUGUGGCCUGAGAUGCAUCCAUUGAGUCCUUGUUUUCUUGAAUACCGUUCAGUGGAAAGACAAUUUCACACCAGAGCUGGUCUGAAUAUGUACAGAGAGUGACAUGGGAUAACGUGUUCAGCCUUGAAAAGCACAACUAGCUAGUCAUAAGAGCUGUAAUGUAAGCACUCGUGUGUAUAAUAUGUGCUCGAUCAGGGUUGGGGUCAAUGCUUAUCAUGUUGACUCAGUUGCGAAAUGUGCUCCACAAAAGUCAUCAUUCUCAAAUUUAUCUCCACAGACGUAUAAAAACAACCACAGAUUUCCAGCUUUUCCAGUUUUUUAAUGGCAAAUAGAUUGACCCCAACCCUGCUGCUCAUUCAGAUUGUCACACAGAGACACAAACACACAGACAUACUGAUACACAUACUACUUUAAGCAAAUCCCUUUGCUCACAUCACAGCCGUUGUUGAAAUAUUUGAUCUGACAAUUGUCAGCUGCUUUCAAAUUCUUCCUAAUUCUGAGUUCAGUUUUUUUUUUUUUUAUUAGCCUGAAUCUUUGGAGAAAAAAAAAAUCAUCGUAGAAACUCUGUGCCUUCUGUCGCUUGCCCUGUGCCCCUGCCUCCCCUCAACACCCCCCAUGCCCCCCCCCUCAACCUUAUCAAUCAACCAAACAAUCACAAUCACUGAGUAGAUCAAUCAGUCGUUUCUCAAUCGGAUUUGUAACAAUCAAACCAAAAGGAAAUCCCGUUGGAUCGGCUGCCGCGUGUAGCCAGGAUUGGGCUCCUUGUCACCUUAACAAUUGUCUAGUGCCUGAAACAAGGAUGUAAAUGCAGCGUUUGCCAUUAAUCAACAAAGCAUCUGCAACGGUUAGCAAAGCAGAGCCACAGCGUACUAUCAGUGCAAAGAGCUGCCUACUGUUCUGUGCCCCCCACUCCUUCCUAACUAGAUCACUGCAGUCCAGAGCCAUCGAUGAACAGGGUUUGGCCAGGUUACACCGUGAGCACCAUGUUGCUGCCUCUUCUUGAGAGAGCUGACUGCAACAGUAGAUACACAUGGAGGAAGGACAAACACAGCCUGCCAGCGGCUCCCAUUCAAAACAAGUCUUGUAGAUUGGUGGCUGUGAAGCCCCCAGCAGCAGGGCCAGGAUUUGAAGCCAAUUUGACAGAGUAGCCGAACCAUGGAAUUACAACUUCUGGGUCCUUCAGGUGAUGUCAUGUGGCCCAAAAAUACUUACAUCUGUAAAUCAGUGGACUCAUUUUUUUGAGCAUGACAACCCCUACGAAAUGACUCAUUUCACUAUUGAGAUUUGAUCCUUUUAGUCCCAAAACGUCUCUAAAGUUUAUAAGAGCCACAUGAUUAAAUCAUUUUAUCCCCAUUCAAGCUAGCAGAGGGCUUAACCGGAAGUUAGCCACUUAGUUUUCAGUUCUCUUUAUAUGUCCAUUUUGGCCACAACUGCUUGUCAGUUUUUUUUUAUUUUGUGUAGCCAGCUUUCUCUCACAGCGGUCAGCUCAGUGGUAUGAAUCAGUAAUGCUUCAUUAGUCGAGUUUAUUGUGUAAAAAUCUGUCUACAUUUUGGGCAAAAUUGAUUGAAUUGAUCAGGCAAAACUGGAGAAAGUAUGUGACAGAAUAAUCUCAACUCAAAAGGUCUAAUUACUGGCUUUUUCAGAACUUUUCUCCACAACUCAUCUUGGCUGGUUCAGGUGUCGUCAUGUAGAAAAACAAGUUGUAUGAGCAUCCUAGAAAUUAUAAUUAUGUAGUUGUUCUUCGCCCACAUUAUUGGAUUGUUUAAAAGAACCAAAGCCCUCAAAAGUUACAGUUAUUUCUUGUUACGACAGUAAAUGAGUCCCCCAGCGCUCACAGUGCAGUGUACAGGCAUGAAGAGAGUCAUCAUUUAUCUCAUCCAUGUGUAUCUAUGCAGUUUAUAAUAAUGGUUUAGUCAUAUGUUUUAUUCAGCUAAGCACUGAGCGGGGCACCAACACGGUUGCCACCUAAGUUUGACGUGGCCACACUCUCGUAACUGAUGGCUCUGCUGCACCUGUUCUCCUGUUAGAUGAAUGAUGACAAUGUAAUAAUCAGCUUCAGAGGCCUGCGCUCUUCAGUUCUGGAAUUGAGUUGUUUGUAAAUUUGUUUUAAACAAAAAUACUUUUUUUUGUUGUUCUCUCAGAGAGUUGUAUUUUAUACUUAAAGCAGUCCAUGGUAUUCUCAGGGGUUAAAAAAACUUUAAAAAAAAGAAUAAAAGGUUUAAAAAUGUAUCGAAAAAGCGACGUAAGACAGAGAUACAUAUAUAUAUAUAUAUACAUAUUUUAUAUCGUAUACAAUAUAUAUAUAAAGUGAUGUGUGUAUGUCUAGAAACUUCCUUAUUUGACAAGCUUCACUGUUUGAACUCCUACACGACUACUACUGAGCAUGCUCCUUCUCUCAGUAUGACCAUAUGACCAUCAGUCCUGGGUUCAAUAGUCUCGUCCAAUAAUUAAUGCUCAUUUUGUUUGAGUCACCAGAUGAGUGGGAUAGGUCAGAUAAUAUUAGCUCCAUGGUCAACUGCAAGAAGGGGCGUUGUUUUCAUUCUCCCAUCUCUUGCAGUUAAGACCCACCCAUCUGGUUCUAAUGGGUGAAAUAAAGCAUCACAAGUGAUUUUAAGGGCUGCUUAACCCAGGCCUGAUGAACAGAGGUGCAAGUCCAAUCUACUUCCUCUGUUUUUUUUUUUCUUUCUGUAUGGACAGCUUCUAACCUGUCUUCUGAAGUGACCACGCCAAAGAACAGAUCUGUGUAUCAAGGCAGCAUAUUUACAUCUUAUCUACACAAACACACAUACACAUGCUCCGUCUCUGGUUUUCAAGAUGAAGAAUGUUAGAUAAGGAUGUCAAACAACUCUUGCUGUCCAGGUCAGCUCAGUUUGAUCUCAACCUGGUUCGAUCCAGCUCAGUGGGGUUCAGUCAGAAACACCGUAAGCUCAGGCACGGUGCCGUGGUGUUGUGUGACCUCCUCUAACGCAAGUGGGGGCACUCUUAAUUCUACUACACCACCACCAAUAAACCCAACCUGGAUUCUCCCACAUCUGCACCCACGGGGGUUCACAUAGGAAAAGCCUGUCGUCACAGUAAUGGGCUGGCGAUGGUUGUUGAAUGCAGACUCACACAUAUAACCCCCUUCAGAAAAAGCCAAAUGCUGCUGAACUGAACACACAACUCACAUACACAUACACACACACACACACCAGAGCUGGUAUAACAGGGUUAUAAUGUACAAGAUGACUAGUUUUUUAUGUAUAUGUGGUCCUGACUGCAUCAGGAAGUAUGAGCUUACUCAGAGUGAAACGCCCCCUAUCAGCAGGAAAGUAUUUACUGGUGACAGUGCAGCGUCUCUGUCUCCUUUUGUCCUUUGGAUGUAGCCAUCGUAGAAGAUUCACAUUGUUGGUCCUCCACACUUGUCUUUUUUACGCCAUGAAAAGAGCUGGAAAAACCUUCUUUUCAAAUGGUUUUGUGUUGAAGUAUGUCUACAGCUUUCAUACAUGACAGGUGGAGGAUUAUGGACUUCUACGUUGGCUACCGUUAUUACAACCCCCAUGGAACCGACCGCAACAACACAUACAACAACAAUAACUGCAACAAAGCUUGUGUUUUGAAGCGAGGAUGUGGUGACGUAUCGUCAUUACGGCCCACAGAUUCCUCCAACGGGGGUGGUUGUUACCAUUCAUGGGUUGCUAAGACAGAAACAUGUAAUCUUGGUUUCAAUAUUCAGUGUUCAGAGUAGCCUGACUUUGUAGACAGUGGUAUUAGACAAGGCCUCACAUGUACGGCCUUAACAUGUAGUAGCAAAUGCGAAGGCUGCACAGCGCUGUUAGGUAGAAGAAGAAAAAAAUCACCCUUUUGUUUGGCUGAUUUUCCUCUACAGAAGUUGUGGAGGUGGUUAGGUGACUUAUUGCUGUUUCUAAAGAUUCCCUCCUGUUUGUAAGUCAGAUUUGACCGCAAGAACUUUCCACCGGAGUACCUUGUCAGGCAAAUUGCAUUUUUUGAUUUUUCUUUUUUUUCCCAGAUGCUGUGCAGCCUUGGCAAACACAAACUGGUUAUUAUUCUAUAUUUACAGUGUGGCUUCAAUGCCAUCUCCUUCCGCUUAGUAGAUACUGUAGACUGGAGUCUUUUACAGGUUCUUUUUAUCAAUAUCCACUAGAAUACAACUUCAAAGCAUCACUGUCCUCUGUGUGGUACGCUGGUGUGGGUGUUGGCUCGCAGCCCGAAAUGUGCACUGAUGAUCUUUGAAUUUUGCAACUCUGUCAGGUCGGAUAUCCAGAUUAGACUUUUCUUUCCUUUUCUGGGUUUAAUCUCUAAUAUCAGUGAUGAAAUUUUCAGCCUCAGAGUGAGGCAUCAGUGUCAGUAUCAGCUCAAGAUCUGCUAGAAUAUUGGAGGUUAUGUUCGUCUGUGCAAGCUCACCAUUUAGAGGGCAUGGUUAAGACAGUCUGCAUAAUGGAUAAAUAUACAACUAUAGUUUUCUAAAUGGUGAGCUGGUGCAUGUGUGAGGGCAAAACCCCUCUCCCCUCCAGGAGUUGGCAUGAAUGCUACACCACGGAAAUAAAGCUGGUGGGCAUUGUUCACGUAAUGGCAGGUCAGGAACACACCUACACACAGUGAUGCACUCCACCUAGCCUUCUGCUGAAAAGCUGGUUAAAGGCCAGCGCUGAUUGCUGCAGGCAAUUGGAACCUCGCCUGUUAUUCAAACAGCUGCUGUCUACUGUACCGACGCUGUUGUAAAACUCCUUGGAAAGACAUCACUGCACCAGCAGGGUUGGGUUCCUCAGAACUUCCUCAGCUAAGCAAAGAUCAUGUUUAAAGCUUUUUUUAUUAGUUGGGAGGCAAGUUAGGACCAUUCAGCAACAAAAUGCUGGUAAAUGUUGCUGUACAAAACAAUUUUGCAACAAAACCAUCUAUUUGAUUGAGACAGACACAUUAAAACAAGCUGUUGCACCUACUGGAUGGGAAAUUUCAGUAAUUUUGAGACAAAAACUGAUUGUUGCCCUGAGGUGGUUUUUGGGAACCAGAAGGGCAUCGAGAUGCUGUUCAUAGGAUGUCUCUCUUUCUCUGUCGUUCCUCCUUCAACCAAUAAGAAAGUGGUUUUAAGGCUGUCUGUAGGUCAGUAAAGCCAGGAUUGGCUUUACAUUCGUUAGUGAUGAUGAAUUUCAUUUGAUGUGAUAAAGGUGAAUGGGAUACCUGACAGCACAACUUGUUGCAGAUGAUUAACUUUGGAUUUUUAAAUGUGUCUAGAGCUGAAAUCUUGACCAAAGUUGAAUUUAUUAAUGGCCUGUCCAUAAAAUAGGUAAAAAUGACAAAAGACUGUCACUUUUUAAUCAGUUGGAAAGACUGACCCAAUGACUGUUUAGUGCUUCCUUUUUCUGAUACAGUUGUCCAGUCCUUGCUUUAUUGUCCUACGGCAGCCCUACAAACCCACCCACCCACCCACCUACCUACCGCUGGAGUUUAUACACAUUUACAAUAAUGUAUAAUACUGUUCAACUACUACUACUAGAAACAUUUUCAUUUUCCGUGUUUUGAAAAAGCCUUUGGAAGCUGUUUUUUUUUUCUUUUGUAACGCUUUAGCUGGCCGCUGUGGCUCGUAUCAAACUAGAAAGCUGACUCAUUAUCUGCUUACUCUGUUUUUACUGGCGCUUUGCUCUCCUCUCCGUUACAGCAAAGUUAUGGCUUCAAGGUCUCAACAUCCACAACCCAGACACACUGCACAGAUUGGAGGUUUAGUCAUACAGACUGAGCCGUCGUGGAGGCAGAAACAAGCUCAAUUGUCAAGCUUAAAUUGGUGGAGUCAAAGAACCACAGUGAUUUGAAUCAGAGGGGGUUUUUUUUCUUGUUCAUUCAUGAUCUUGCAGGGUAGCUAAUUGGCAUGCCAAGAUCCAAUAAAGCCAAGAACAGUCAGUUCAGUCAGUUUGAACUUGAAGGGUCACUUGGAAGAACUAGUUAAACUAAGUGCAUAAACAUGUUUGAGAAAUAUGUGAGCAAAUGAUAUGCCAGAGUAAAAAUCACUUGGUUGUCAGUUAUAGAUUUACAACGAUUAAUUGAUGAGUCGAACAACAGACAAUAAAUUGGCAACUAUUUGGAUGAUCCAAUAAUCAUUUUAGUCAUAUUCUCUGGUUCCAGCUUCUCAAAUGUUGACACUGCUCUUUGUCAUACACAAUGUAAGAAAAAUCUUUGGGUUUUGGAGGGUUGGUUGAACAAAACAAAGACAUUUGAAGAUUACCAUGAACCUUGAGAAAUUGUAAUGGACAGUAUUUAGAUAUUUAAAAGACAAAAUAAGUAAACAAAAAUUAAAAUAUACGUUAGUUUCAGUUGUAGGUUUUUUUGUUUUUUUAUUUUGGUUUUUUUCCCCAACAAAAAUUCCAAACUUUGUCUUUGUCUUCUGUGGUAGCAAAGCAAAUAUCUUUGGGGUUUUAACAGAUCAAGCAGUUUAAUUGCAGAUUAAUGGCAAACCAAAUGUUAGCCUGAGGAGAUGUCUUGAUAUGGCUUGUUUUGUCCAAUGACUGUAUAUAAAGAUGGACAACGUGCCUCCAUUUCCUCCCACUGUACCAAAAUAAAGCCAAAAUAUCCUGGAUACAGCCACUGCCAUCUUGCACAGAUGUCAUUUGGAGUCAGAUUUGGCGCAGCAGCGAUCUCGGCGGUAUUGAGUUCCCACCCACACACACGUCCGGCCAAUUGUGAGCAGCGCCAUUGAUUGUGAGCAUAGUGAUUGGCACAUAAAGCUGUUUAUUGUGACAUCAUUCCCCUUUUUAUAGCAUUGAAUAACUUAUACUGCAGCCAGCCACCAGGGGGCAGUCGAGAUGUUUUGGCUUCACAUUUGGGAAUUAAUUACAUAAAACAGAUAAAAGCAGUAAAGCUGCCCACUUGAGGACUGAAACCAGAGAAUAUUUUCCAUUUUUGCUUGGGUAAAAAACUGCAACUGUAAACCGAUUAUCAAAAUUGUUGCAGUGUUGCUUUUCUUUUACAGGACUUGACAAUUAAUCAUCAAAGUGUUUCACAUGACUUAAUGCCUUCUAGAUAAGAUAGAGUUGACAGCAAAAAAAGAUAAAAGAAAAACACCAAGCAGAGUGGUUUUUCAAGAGCAGAUGUUUUAUUUUUAUGUAAAAGUUAAAGAAAACCUGACAUGCUGUAAUAGCUUGCCUUCAAUUUUUUUACUCUUUGCCUUUCAGUGGGCAUCAGUCCAACAUCACUUAACCCAAAACAGUCUUUGGCUCCACCCAUGAAGGUUCACCACAAACAGUGAGAUGACGUCUGCCUCCAGAACAGCUCCAAGAAACGUUUUUCUUUUUUGACUAAAGCUCCCAUCUGCACAUACUGUGCACCUUACUCUGUCUCCGCCAUACAACAUCUUCCUCACUUCUCCUCUUCCCACCACCAGCAAAAAACAACCCCUCCUGUUGUGCCCCCCCCCCCUGCCCACAACUCCUCCUCUUUCCUCCUCUCUCCUGUCCGGUGAUCAGCCUCCUUGGCCGGCACGUGGCUCUUUAUUGAAUCGCUUUUGAAGCAUAGGACGAUCAAAAAAGGAAAAACAAAAAGAAAAAAAAACGUAAAAGAAGAAUAAAGGAUGUCUGUAGCUUUAAGGACAAAUAAUGACAGGCACGUGUUGUGCAAGUACGUGUGAGGAGGGGAAAACGUUGCAGUCUGCUUUGCUCUGGCCUGGAGAGAGAGAGGGGAGAGAAGAGAGAUGGAUAGAAAGAACAAGCAGAGAGGAGGGAGACGUUUACUGAACCGGAGCCAGAGAAGCAGACAGAGAAAGAGUACAACUUGUUCUUUCCCCUGCGUUCUGUUUGCAGCCUGUCCGCACAGUCAAGUUAACAAGCAGCUAAUAUAAACAACACCAGGCCCUUCCCUUCUACUUGCCCUCUCGCCUCCUCAUCUCUGUCUCUCUCUUUUUCUCUCUGUACUUUCUCUUCUCUCUCUCACUACAGCCGGGUCUCCAUCCAAGUAUUUCCUUUACAAACUGUAACAAUUGAAUCAGGAAAGCAGAACGGAAACCAGUGAAAUUUCCAUUAAAUGGCAUGACCAGCCCCGCGAACAAUUCAGUUUUAUGGCAGGCUAUUUUAAUAUCGACUAUGACUUUCAAUAAUGCUAAUAUAAUCAUAAUAAUAAUAAUCUCCCUCUGUGGUUAGUUGAUGCAUUUAUUUGUCCUCAGACAAAAGCAUCAAUUUGGCCAACUGCCAACACAGAUAAUAAACAAGGUUACAAAGAUAAGGCUUGCGAUAUUCUGUUUUUGUCUUAUUGUCAACAAAUCCCAUGAAAAGACCAAAACCAGCAAUUACUCGAUGCCACUAACAAGUAGGACCAAGUUCUCUCCAAAGCCUAAUUGAUCUUAUUCCUCUGUGCCAUAGCAAAUGAAAACAGAUCACUGAGCCCAGCUGUUGUUACACUGGAUGACAUGUUCCUUCAUUAAUGUGAAUACAGCCACUGUAGUUUCACUCAAUCAGAGAUAUGCCGUCCAACUGCUGUACAUUCGAAAAUACUACAUUCGACUGUGCAAGCAGCUUAUUAUGAUCUAUAGUUACGUUUAUUGUGAGGCAGUAGUGGCCAUAGCAGUUAUUACAAGAGCAGAGAAGGCGAGACAUGAGCGAGCCACAAAGUCCUCGUAUUGUUGUACAAAUAUCAAAGGAAUCUGCAUAUGGGUCACUCUGAUCUUGUCACAUAUCGAUGUUUGGUCAUGGACUUUCCACAUCCAGAUAUUGAUGUGCAAGGUAUCCUGGGUGCGUUUGUUGUUGACGUUCUGGGACGCCGUGUCAAGUUCUGCCUGUUACAUGCAUUGUCUUCUGUCAAAAUAUUAGGAAAUUUACAGUUAACAUUCACUGUCUUAAAAGAUAAACACACUACAUCGGUACAACACCACAAAUUCCACUGUGUUUUUGGACUCAUCCACUACCACUCCCACCCGCCCCAGUCAGGCUUCCUCCGCCUUAACUAUCGUUCUAGCCCCUCUGCAUUUCCCCCUGACGCCGCUGGGCGCCAUUGAACUAUAACAGCGACCAGCCAUGUAUCAUGCAGACAUUAAAUGAUGUCUUUUUUCGUUUGGUGUCUGAUGAUGCAAGUCACUGCCCAAGCGCAAGGUUUCGACGACUUCUGAGUGAGAAUGGGCAGGUCAAGCAAACACAGGACUGUCACCCAGGGGACUGGUGUUUGUGGCUCAAAGUCAUCGGUGACGUCUAUUAAUAACAACUCAAUCUAGUAUGCUAGUUUGUGUAGCAUACUUUGCUAGUGACGUAUGUGAUGUGUUGUUCGUCACGUAUGUCAUGUUACGUUAAAGACAAAAGUGCUUUUUUGAUUCUAAAGCGGGAUGUUUUUAUUCUAAACCUAACCAGGUAGUUUUGGAGCGGAACUGCGACUGUUUAACACUGUUAAGGACGUGCUUCAAACUGCGACUGCUAGAAUGGUAAUAUAUGUAGUUUUGGAGCCAAUUAUACAAAUCGUUUUGCAGUCAGUGGAAAUCAACCUGUGCUGUUGUUCAAAUAUGAGAGAGUGUUGUCAAAUGUCUAUUCAUCCGCAGCUGAAAAUAGUCCCCAACAAAUCUGUUAUUUAAUUAAUUUUGAUUAAUGUUCACUAAAAGCAACAGUGCUCAGCUGUUUAAGUACUUUACUGAAGCCUAACUGACCAAUUUGUAGGCAAGUGUUGAGGGUUGAAGACACGGAGGAUGGACACAUUGUUGGUUUUGGUCUUUUCACUGGAUUUGUUGGUUUAACAACAACAAAAAAAUCUAUAUCACCAGCUGUGUUCUUUAAAUGUCCUGAUCAUUUUUUUUUAUAUACCAGCUUUUGAUUUUUUGCACCUAAUCUGUCUAUAAUCACCAACUAUGGUUAUAUACAUUUGCAUUGAAACGUUUGGCCAAUAACAAUUCAGUCCUGGAACUGAAUCAAUUUUAUAUGUCAUUUUUCUUAAUUUAACUCAAGACCUGGGUGGAAACAUGUCCUCAGAACCCUUUUAUGGUUCCUCCCCCGCAAUCUUCGCAAUUUAUUCAGCCUCCCGUUACAUCUGGUUUCACCAUUAGGCUCCUGGGAGGUUCAGACUCUGCUCACACAUAUAUCAUUGCAAACAAAUUGGAGGUGUGAAUGCAACCAAGACACACUCCAGAUCUAUUUGGCCGAAGCUACCAUCUCACACUGACGAUCAAAGCAACAUUUGUAACAUUAAAUUUAGGUUCAGCCAGGAGCCAUACAGACGUAUAACAAGAGAACGUUGGUGGGAAUCUGUUUCAUGAGAAGAAGAAUGAUUUCAGUUCAGGCACCGGAGACUCUUCCAGGUGUAAAUGUAAUCUAAAUAACUCACGUCUCAACACACUCUAGAUUUAAGAUGAAGGUUUAGAACAUUUGUUAAGAGGCCCUCUGUACUGUCUGUCUGUCUCUGCUCUUUCUCCCACUCGUAAUUUCGCUGCUGUGUUUGUCUCUGCUUUAUUUCUUUCUCCUGAUUUCCAUUAUUUUAUUUUGUUCAUCCCUGUUCUUCACUGCUUUUGUAAUCUGACUUUUUUUCUCUGUCACAUACACACAGAACAAAUGUUUAUCUUCUUCCUCUGAGGCAAAUAAGUAUUUCUGUUUGCCUCCACUGCCUGAUCUUAAAUACAUGCAGGAAAGGAAAAUGUGUUUUGAUUGCAUAAAUUGAGGAAAGCGCAAACCCUCUGUACAUGUGUGUCUGUGUGUGUGUUCUUCUGAUAAUACAGGCUGUGUGUAUGCAGACAGGUGUGUAUGUUCUCUCCCUAACAGUCUGUGUCCACACUAAGCCAGCUAAUUUUGAAAACCAUUUAUGUAAGAAAGAAACAUGAGUCCACACUAGCAUUUUCAGGUAUGUGUUCAUAAAGAUCUCCAUCUACACUGAAAUGGCUGAACAAAAGGAAAACAUCCUAUUUCAGUCUCUGGUCACUCAGCUGGUUAAACAUCUGUUGUGUCCCCUCGUACUUUCUCUGACCACCUAUUUUGAGUUUUAUUACAGCAAAAUUUUCAUCUUAGUUGUUCUCAUUUAACAAACAGUUGCCAGUUUUAUACACAUAAAACGCCAUUUUUAGCUAGUUAGGUGUACGUAAUGAUUUGCAAAUUUGAAGCAAAUGUGUGAUUGUAAUAUUGAGCCUUUUAAAUAAAAUUAUGUUUGUUUACAUGCAUAUAAGCAGCCAUCUUUCAGUUGGCUUUAAACACUGAACAGAUUUGUUGAACGUCAUGUUUCUGUAGUCGGAGAAGGAGAUUCGAGAAACACGAUUUUCCCAGUUAGAUUUCUGCUGGAGAAAGCCAAUUUCAAGGCCUUGUAGACACAUAACUCAUUUCUAAUCAGCUUUUACAUGGCAGAGACUUCAGACAGAGAAAGUAUCGCUGCAGCAGCAAAGCUGCUGAAUGAGAGCUGAGAUUACACACAGCGAUUCCAUCUCGAGUCUGACCAAAACUUCAAAAGUUGCCUCUAGAAGUCUAAAUAAGUCAGUUUUUACAGCAGAACAGACAUCACAUUCAGACACAUUUGCACAUGCAGCUUGAUGACAACAUGUUUAUUGUGUGAUUAUAUGUUAACAUCUAAAAUGAGUGAUCACAGAGAGGGUUAGAAGUGACAGAAAGUCUUAACCUUGCUGCCACUCAGACCGCGGUUACAUCAUGUUUUUCCAAAAGCACUUAUCAUGUACAGUGUAACAUGAUGCUGGCAUGUAUCCACUCUGGUGACAGCUGUCGAAAAAUCUUUGUUUUCUGUUUAGAAAAACACCGGCUUGGUGUGGACACAGAGCCAAAACAGAUUUUUGUGGAUGUGCUCUGAAGCAUUUCCAUCUCUUUCUCCUCUCCUAUUCAUAAUCAGUUUCUCUUUCUCGUACUUGCUCUUUAACUUUGGGUUGCAUUUUCUGUCUCACCCUCUGCUCCACAUGUCUGUCUAUUUUUAUUCACUUUCUCCUCCUCUUCUUUUCUCAGUAUCCCUCCUCAGUGCAGAGCAGGCAGUUUCUGACUCUCAUUAAUAACAAAAAAAUUCUCGCUCCCCUCUCCUGACCUGCGAAUCACAAAGUUUUCUCCCUCAGGUUUGAAACACAUUAUGAAACAAGAAUUCAGCGUUUUGGUAUGCAAAAUUUCAGCAACUUUUCGUUGCCACAACUUCUCUUCAGUACUGUCUCCCGUACGCACUUAUGAGUAUCUAAUUUUUAUGUUAGUUAUUUUAAGCACUUAGUUCGCCCUCAUGUGUUUGCAUAAUUGAUCUUUGAACAGUUUCUCCCUUCUCUCUGCUCUCUGAUGACAUUCUUAAAUAAUAUUGGGUAUCAUUCUGCAACAUGGGACUGUUUUGCAUCAUACCGGUCAUAUUUAGGCACUAUUUGAAUUUGAUAUUAAUCAAAGCAGAGAUGGACACAGGCUUUUUCUCCUCCUCCUCUUCUUCCUCCUCCUCCUCCUCAUGUCUUAUUUGUCCUUAUAAAGGUGUUAAAAUCUCUGCUGUGGUGUCCAGUUUCUCCUCCACUCUGCAUCGGUUCUUCAAUACAAUAAUAUGAAUGUUGCAGGAGUUUAUCCUUCUGUAUUCUUUGUUUCAAAGAAUGUUGUGCCAUUUGUUAAUAGCAAAGAGAACUAUUGAACAUAUAUGAAAAAGAAGAGCUAUUUUAAAUUAUUUUUUGGCUUUUUUUGCUAUAUUUAUUUUCUUGUAUUAGAAUCUUCUUUGUAGGAGGGAAAAAUCAAAAACUGUAUUUUUCAUUAGUGCGAAAAACCUAUUUUCUUCCUUUUUGUACAAUUUCGAUGUUUUAAGCGAGACUUUGAAAAGCAAUAUGAUGAUGAUGACGAUGUUUCCUGUGACUGUAUCUGCAUGCUGUUUGUGUUGCCUUAAUGAUGGCUGCAUCCCACUAUGAUCCCACCCCCAACCUGUCUGGCCCCCUUCCUCACCCAACUCUGACCCCGCCCCCUUCAACUCCCACCCUCAUCUGAUGGAGUCCCAGUCCCAUCUGAUCCAGUCCAGACCAAUCCAGUCCAGUCCAGUGCAGUCAAUAAAGCAGUGCUUUCUGUGUACACAAAA